AUGAGCAGUCCCGGAGCUGAGUCCAAGCCUGUCCGCUCUUUCUCACAACCCUCACCGCCCCCCCUGCUCGCUGCGGGCAUGGCUGUGUGGACAACCUGGGUGGUGCUAUUCAAACCAUACGCUGCCGACGCCUACAACUUCAUCGCCCGAGAGCAAUAUCAUUCCGACUCCACGGACACCGGAAUAUCUUCUGCGAUCGAUGCCCUCUCGAAGAGACAGUCGGUCGCUCGCUGCUUGGAUGGCCGGUCUUGGUCAUACAAAAUAUACGAGCUCCCUGAACGUCCAACCGCUGCAAGAGCCAACGCCAAACUGAAAACAGCCUAUGAAGAACACAUCACAACGAAGUAUCUCGACGACUUGGAACCAAUCGAUGGAUCAGAGCCCAUCAAUGAAGUUGGCAAGCCGGAUAAUCUGGUCUUGAUCAUCUAUCCAGACUACGACAUGUCUGAGCCUCAGCAUAGACCAUCCAUCAGACGGCUCAGCUCGUUCAAGCCGUUCCGCGACGUGAGCUGCUGCCCGUGUCUCCUCGUCACCAUCGCCGGUCCGAACAUCAUGGUUGGCGGUGCGGUCUACGCGGAGCAGAUCAUCGCGACGUCGUUCACGAGCUACAUAUCCAUUGCCCCACUGGAUGUGCCUGGGCCACGGCCGAUGUACGAUGCGGCGAUCUGGCGUGCAGCGCGGCUGAUGCGCGCGCUGGACGCGCACUACGCCGCCGUGACACAGGCCUUGAACGCUGCGCGCUCAGCGGACCGGCUCCCGACGUGCUAUGUCGGGCCGCACCUCACACACGUCUCCGCCGACGGCACGGCGGCCUCGCUCAACUACACAGGACGCCUGUGCACCGGCGAGCCAGCGAAGACGCUCUAUGCCGCCCGCGCACGCAUCACCUCCGACUCGGAGCAGGAUCCCCGCGAAACCGUCGUCGUCGUCAAGUUCACGAAGGCAUACUCGGCGGAGGGACACCGGCUGCUCGCGGUGCACGGGCUCGCGCCGAAGCUCUGGUUCUGCGAGUGGGUGGAGAGUGUGGAUAUGUACGUGGUCGUGAUGGACCACGUCCGGGACGCAGAGACCGCGGACGAGGACGUGGCGAUGUCGGUGGCGGACGCGGCGGCGGUGCAGAUGGCGGUCGAGCUGCUGCACGCGGCGGGGCUGGUGUUUGGCGACCUGCGUGGGCAGAACGUGUGGAUGCGCAAGGACGGCGAGCGGCUGCUCAUCGACUUUGACUGGUGUGGGCCAGAGGGCACGGCGUGCUAUCCGCUGGGCGUGAACAUGCACAGCGCGAUCCCCUGGCAUCCGGAUGUCAACACGGGCACGCUGAUCAAGAAAGAACACGACUGGCAUCUUUUGAAAGUGUUGACAGGCUCCUAG